UGAAGUCUAACUCUCUCCCCAGCGUUGUUGCCUGGGAGCCCAGGCACUGCCCUAACAACAGUUGCUAAUGGGCGGAGACUUCGAAUGGUCCCCGAGACCAGCUAUUCCAGGGUCGUGUACUUGGGGCGCAUGCGGCAACCUUUUCUUAGCUCUCGCGAUGCUUCGUCUUCCCGGAAGCGCUGGAGGGCCUUGCCUGUUAACGGCGUCGCGAUGUGUGGGGACUGUGUGGAGAAGGAAUAUCCCAACCGGGGUACCAUCUGCCUGGAGAAUGGAUCUUUCUUGCUGAACUUUACAGGCUGUGCAGUAUGCAAUAAGCGGGAUUUUAUGCUGAUCACAAACAAAUCUUUGAAAGAGGAAGAUGGAGAAGAGAUAGUUACCUAUGAUCAUCUCUGUAAGAAUUGUCAUCACGUGGUAGCCAGGCAUGAGUAUACAUUCAGUAUCAUGGAUGAAUUUCAGUAAAAUGGCAAGAUGGAUGUAUCAAGGCUGGAAGAGAGAAGCUGAACCACUUGGGAUUUAGUAUAAGGAUUAGUCCUCAUACAAUUGUGAGAGCAUGUGAAGAAUUCUACAAAAGGCUGUUGUGGGCCUGAAAUUGCUGAAGAUUCACAGAUCUGAUGCUCAGAAAGAAAAGCUGGACAGUGAAGGAGAGCCAGGGACAAACAGGAAACCAGAAGGACACGCUGGAACCUGCGUCUGUCCCUCACUGCCUCUGUUUUCAAGUCUUCAGAUUGAGUUACUUAUUUAGCGUGAACUCCAUGUUCAUCCAUAAGAUAUAAAUAUCAGGUUAGAGCUUUUAAUAGGCAAGGGAAUUUUUUUUUAAAUCCUUCAAAUUUUGGUAGUACUAUAAUUAGGAAAAAAAUCUUCCAUAACAGAAGCUUAUAAAAUAGCAUAUUUUUUGUACCACUUUUGUUCAUCCUUAUUUUAGUGUGGAAGAAAAUACUUAGUUACCCGUCAGAAUCU